AAGAUAUACUGCUAAAAAAUCUAAAGAAGAUAAUCAAAUAUAUAUAUGUGAACAUCGUGAUAUAAAAGGUUUAUUUUGGGAAAAAUUAGAAUUACAUCAUUUUCCAUCUGAUGUUCAAGAUUUAUCAAUUUCAAUAGCAUCAAUGUUUUAUGAUGAUAAAGUUAUUUUAAUAGCUGAUCCUAAUCAUUUAAGUGGAGUAAAUCGAGAAGCAUUUGUUGAUCAGCAAGAAUGGUCUUUAUAUGAACAUGUUGAUACUCAACAAAGAUUUGUUAAAGAAUUUAUUUUUGACGAUGAUGAUGAUGAUGAUGAUGAAGAAGAAAAUGAUAAUAAUAAUCAAUUAAACAAUACAAAUAAUAAUGAAGAUCGAAAACGUUCUAUUUUAACAAUUACUUGUCAUGCUGCUCGUCGUUCGAAUUAUUUCUAUUGGAAUGGUUAUUGUCUUAUUUUAUUAAUAACUUUGCUAUCUUUUUGUAUAUUUGCAAUUUCACCACAUUUAACAGGAAAUCGAAUUCAAAUAUCAUGUACACUUCUCUUAACUUCAAUUACAUUUCGUUGGGUAGUAAAUCGAUCACUUCCGACUAUUUCAUAUUUAACAUCAAUGGAUAUAUAUGCAAUAUUAUGUAUAUUUAUCCUUAUUAUUCUUUGCAUAUGGCAUGCUAUUAUUGGUUUUCUCAUAUUUAAAAAUACAAGUGAUUCAGUUGUCACAUCAAAAAUGUGGUUUACUAGUUUAGAUCGAUAUGCUUUUUGUAUUAGUAUGAGUAUUUUCAUUGGUAUUCAUGUUAUAUUCCUUAUCUGGCUAAUUUUUGUUCCACUCAAACAUCGUAAGAACAUGGCAAACAAGGAUAUUCAAUAUGGUUUAUCAAUAGUCGAAAAGAAAAGAAAUAGAAAGAGUAAAUGGAGUAAAGAACAACGGAAAAAAUCUUCUGCUUAUACACCUGUACCAAUUCUAGACACAAAUGUAAUAUGA